UCUUUCUCCAGUCCAACUCUCCCAAAACUAAUCUGACUUGCUUUCUACGGAGUUCUUCUCUGUUACCUCUCUCCUCUUUCUACCAGUUCAAACAAAGCAAGCGUUGGCGGAAGUUUUGAAAAAGAAGCUCUUUUGGGCGUCCGAGGUUGUUGUUUGGACAAAGCGACGUCGUAUGCGGAGGUAGAAGGAUCAUUUAAAGCGGCUGAUUCUGUGCUUGAUACGGAUUGAUUCAAAUAUACCUUUUAUUGCCUUCUUUCCAAACGCUUUCGAGUUAUGCCUUUCCUUUCCCUUUACACGAAGACCACACCCACUUUUUUGAAUUCCAUUCCUUGUUCGGGUUCUUGAAAAAAAGCUGCCUUUUUUUUCCUCUGCUUCUUAGCGCCGCCUUUGAUCCUCUGAUCACCAUGAAGCCGUUCAGCUCUGUUUCUUCUGCACUGUCAGAUCCUAAAACUAGAUCAUGCCUCUGCAGUCUUUUUGUCACCAUUGCGCUAAUUUGCAGUGUAUACUUCACAGCAAAUGUAUAUUUUGGAAGAGAAUUUAAGAUACCUUUCCGGUCUGGAACAAGUCACUCAAAACAAAGUGCUAAAUCGUGUAGAAAUGAGGUUUCAUCUGCAAUGGAUGUAAAAAUAAAUGACACCAAAAAUAAUUUCGAGACUGGUAAAUGCAUGGAAAAAUGCAGGCCUAUUGGUAGUGAGGCACUUCCGGAGGGGAUUGUUUCGGCAACAUCAAAUUUGGAAAUGCACCCCUUGUGGGGCCCACUCACCGAAAAGGAGGAGUCAAACCAUCAGGUGAGUUUGCUGGCCAUUCCUGUUGGGAUAAAGCAAAAAGAGUUAGUGAACCAAAUCGUUAAGAUGUUUCUAGAGGAUGAGUUUGGUGUGAUGCUAUUUCAUUAUGACGGUGUUGUCGAUGAAUGGAAUGAUCUUGAAUGGAGUAAGAAAGUCAUACAUGUAUCUGCCGUGAAUCAAACAAAAUGGUGGUUUGCGAAGCGUUUUUUGCACCCAGAUAUAGUUACUGAAUAUGAGUAUAUCUUCCUAUGGGAUGAGGACCUUGGAGUAGAAAAUUUUCACCCUAAAAGGUAUGUAUCAAUUGUGAAAGAAGAGGGUCUUGAAAUAUCUCAGCCUGGACUCGAUCUUCAUAAAUCGGAGGUGCAUCAUCGUAUUACAGUGCGCAAAAGGAAUUCUAAAGUUCACAGGAGGUUUGUUACAUCCAAUGCCAAUGGAUGCAAAAGCAACAGUAGUGCUCCUCCUUGUGUAGGAUGGGUAGAAAUGAUGGCUCCUGUAUUUUCGAAAGCUGCUUGGCGUUGCGCAUGGUACAUGAUUCAGAAUGAUUUUAUUCACGCGUGGGGUUUGGAUAAAAAGCUUGGCUAUUGUUCACAGGGUGAUAGGACAAAAAAAGUUGGAAUUGUUGAUGCAGAGUAUAUAUACCAUUUGGGUCUUCCUACACUUGGUGGUGAUUCUCAUAGAAUCAAGCUGAGUUCUCCCGAGCUUUCCCGGCCAAGAAAGAACUUCACUGAUUCAGAAGCAAUGGGAACUCCACCAUCAGUCCAUAAAACAGAUAAUAACAAUAACAGACCUGAGGUAAGGAAGCGAUCCUAUGAUGAAAUGAAGGCUUUCGAUAAUCGGUGGAAGAGGGCCGCCCAACAGGAUAAAUGUUGGGUUGAUCCAUUUAAGUAAACAAAGCACAACAAGAACAACAUUACUGUACAGGAGGAGCUGCUCCGUUAUGGCACUGGGAAGCUCUUGGAAUUAGUUGAGAAAGGAAAGUCCUUUUUAUAAUUCUUUUCUUUGCUUCUGUUUUUAUAUAGUUUUUGGCUUGUUACAAAUACAACAGGUUUUCUUGGAAUUUGAUUAUAGUUUAUUUAGAUGUCUCCUAUUACUUUUUGAACAAUGUAUAUUCAUUUAUAAUUCUUUUAUGGUUGUAUAUAACUAUAUAUCAAAUCAAUGUCUAUGUAUUCACAUUUUAAAUAUUAAUUAAUGCCACCAGAGAGUAUCAUCA